GGUGCUCAGCCCGUGGAGCUGAAGAGUCGCUGUGCGGACAUCGCAGCCCCGUGCCGCUCCGCCCGCGAGCGGUCGCGACUGGGGGAUGCGUUUCAAGCGCCUCUCUUGACGCCCACAAUGCGCGCCGCGGUCGCGUCUCUGCUGCUGCUGCUGCUGCUCGUCGCGAGCCGGGCCGCGGCGCUGGGCCUCUUCCCACGCCUGGACAACGUGGCCGCCUUCAGGCCGGUGAGGCUCACGCCCCCGGGCGCGACCUGCGGCCUCUCGGGCCCGACCACCUUUUGCUUCCCCAGUCCCGGCCCCGGCGAGGGGGGAGGAGGAGGAGGCUCGGCGUGCAGGCCGGCCCUGUGCGCCAACGCCUGCCCGCACCGCGCCGCAACGCCGCCGCACUCCACGCUGGGCUCGCGCUCGUGGGCGAGCGAGCCCGGGGCGUGCGCGGCCGUCGAUCCGGGGGGCCAGGGGCCGUCCGGCGCUGGGGCGGGAGAGCCGGUGCUGCGGUUCGCCGAGGGCGGCGACUGCCUCGCGACUCUGCCGAGCGAGUCCCUGGGACCCGCCGCCUCGUUCACCGUCGCCGUUUGGCUCCGGAAGGAGGGAACCGGCCUGGCGACCAUCAUCGAGAAGGCCACGGAGGGGCGGACUGUGUUCAGGUUGGAGGUGGCGCCCGACGAGGUCAGGUUUCACUACCGCACGGCGGAAGGUCCGCAGGGUCCCCUCGUCAUCAACGCCACGGACAGGUUCCCCCCGGGCCGCUGGACUCACCUCACUCUCCAGGGUGGUGUGGCGAGUCUGGGCGGGGAGAGCCGCUGUGACGACGGCGCGUGGCACCACGUGGAGGCCACGCGGACGAUGGGAAAUGGCGAGCUGCGGGUCGACGGGGAGGUCGCAGGAGUGGUGUCCGACUCGGGCCGAGGCUCCAUCAUCGGAGAGAACGCGGGGCUGUUCGUGGGCGCAUUGCCUCGGCGCUACGCCCUGCUCCACAUCGACAUUGGAGAUGAGGCUGCGCUGAGACGAGGCUUCGUUGGCUGCAUGAGCGACCUCUUCAUCAAGCGGAAGGACUCGCCUCUGGAGGAGUGGGAGCCGCUCGAAUGGGAUGUUGCGUCGGAGGCUUCGGGAGUGCCGGAGCCUUGGGAGGGCUGCCCCACAGAGCUCCAGCCGGGAGCUCACUUCCUGGGACACGGGUUUUUGGAGUUGCGGUCGGGCCUGUUUUCUGGAGAAGGUGACUUUGAGGUGUCGCUGCAGUUCCGCACGGAGAGGCGGGGUGAGAUGAUCUUGCUGUUCGCCCAUGGUGACGAGGGAAAGUCGUUCGUCACGUGUGUGCUCUCCGAAGAGCAGCUCCUGUUUGCCGUGGCCACCGGCUCCCAGACGGCCUUGCUCAAUGCGACGGUGGGCAGCAGCUACUGCGACGGGCGGUGGCACACGGUGACAGUCGGCAGGAACGCCUCGAUCAUCUCCGCCUCCCUGGACGGCGCACCGGCGGCCAGCGUGGAGGGCGUGCUGGGAGACCUCAACAUCACGUCCCCUUUCUACCUGGGUGGUGUGCCACCGGGCCUUCCCGCUCAGGGCCUGCUCCACCACCGCAGCUCCCAUCCAGAGUUCGGAGGCUGCAUCGGCGCCGUGAGCCUGAUGCGUGGCUCGGCGGUGGAGCUGGGGCCGGCGUCCGUGGGUGCGCGGGGGGUGAGCCUGGACGGGUGCCCCUGGGGGGGCGCGGCGUGCCGACCCGCCGGACCCUCGCUCGUCUACAGCGGCACCCGCGGGACGGCCCUCGACACGGGGCUCGACGCCUUCACCGAAUACCUGUACAGGGUGACGGCGGUCAACGAAGCCGGGUUUGACGUGUCCCCCUGGGAGAGGGUCAGGAGCAGGGAGGGAGCCCCCGCUGAGGUGAGACCCCCUCAUGCUGCCCGCGCCAUCACCGCCCUCUCGGCUGAGCUGCUGUGGGCCGCGCCGGCGGCGGUCACCGGUGUCGUCAGCUCCUACGAGCUCAGGGCCUACGACGCAGCCCACCCCGAGCAGCCGCCCGUCACCGCCGCUUUCACUGACACCGCCUCGUUGGACGCCCUGGAGGGGAGGCUGGAGGGUCUGACCCCGCACACCAAUUACAGCGUGACCCUACUGGCCUGCACGCCGGGCGGCUGCACGGAGAGCAGCGCCUCCCUGCUCGUGCGCUCCGCCCCGCAGCAGCAGCAGCCGCAGCAGGCAGCGGCAGCGCCCGAGGCCGUGACGGCGCCCGUGGCCGUGGCGAGCGCCACCUCCCUGCUGCUGUCGUGGCCGCCCCCGCCACGUGACCCCCGCGGGGUCACCGCCCGCUACUCGCUCUACCGGGACGAGGCGCUCGUCUACCAAGGCGCGGGGCGAGCCGUCAACAUCACAGGCCUGGGGGUCUUCUCCGUGCACACAUUUGUGCUCUCGGCAUGCACGGAGGGCGGCUGCACUAACAGCUCCGCCGUGACGAUCACCACCGCCCAGCUCCCACCGACACACGUAGUGGCACCCACACUCACCGUGCUGGACGCACGCUCCAUCACCGUGCGGUGGAGUGAGCCCCUGGAGCUGAACGGGGAGCUGCACUGCUACGAGCUUUACGCCAUCGGGGACAAGCCCGGGCAGGAGGAGGAGGAGGGCUCCACAUGGCCUGGUGAUGGAGAGAAGCCCCCAAUGUGGCCUAAGCAGGUGGUCGAGGUGCAUUUUGAGAAGGAUGAGGGCCAGCAAGAGGCGGCCGUGGCUGGAGGAGGCGACCCUCUGCCCUUGCCAGCUCUGGCCUACGGGAAGCUCCUGUACAGCGGCGGAAACGCUACCCUGGAGCACCGUCUGCGGCAGCUCAUCCCCGGAACUCUGUACCAAAUCCGGGUAGCUGCGUGCACGCGCGGCGGGUGUCGCGUCAGUGAGCCGAGUGCCGCCCGCACGGAGGAGGCGGCUCCGGAGGGGGUGCCGCUGCCCGUCGUGCGGUCCCCAGCUUCAGGCUCCCUGCUCGUGUCCUGGGGCCCACCCGUCCGGCCCAACGGGGCGAUCACGAGCCACGGGCUGCUGAUGAACGGCAGCCUGGUGCACGACUCGCCGCACUCCAUGAGCUACCGCGCCACCGGGCUCGCGCCGUGGAGCCCGCACACGCUCAGGGUGCGCGCGUGCACGGCGCGCGGCUGCUCUCUCGGAGCCCCGGUGGAGGCGCGCACACAGGAGGCCGCCCCUACAGGUCACGUGGAGCUGAGAGUGGCCACAGAGGACGCGACUCGGGUCACGUGGCUCGGACCCGCGCAGCCAAACGGACGACUCACCUACAGCCUCACGUGCGUGGGGCCCUUCCACAGCCGCCCUGAGAGCGGUGACUCGAGCGUGGUGGAGGAGUCCCGCGAGGUCCACAGUGGACACGAAGCCGGCGUGUGGGUGUUGGUGCGAGGCCUCGUGUCCCUGUCGUCCUACUCCUGCUCCGUGAACGCCUCCAACAGCCACGGCCACGUCCUGAGCAACCGCGUGGCCACGCGCACCCCAGCCGGCGCCCCUGACGGCGUGCAGGCCCCGAGCCUGACAGCUGUCAACUCCACGGCCGUGCGGGCGACGUGGGGGGCCCCGGCCCCGAGCAGUGCCCCGGGGGAGCUGCUGUACCAGCUGCAGAUGCGCAGAGCAGGUGUCCCCGAUGGCGUCGCAGAUCUCUUCCUGGCACCGUCCACAGCCUCCAGUAUCACUGCGGCCGCACUGCAGCCUCACACGCGCUAUGAGUUUAGAUUAAUUGCGUAUAACAAUGUUGGCAGCGGCACGAGUAACUGGAGCCAAGUGGCCACACACGAGGACUCUCCUGGAGCUAUGGAGGCCCCCACGGUGUCCGUCCUGGACUCCAGCACCGUGCUGCUGCGGUGGCAGCCCCCGGCGCAACCCAACGGCAGGCUCUCCCACUACGGCGUCUACUGCAACGGCUCCCUCUGCGGCUCCGUGCCCGGCAUCGGCACGGAGCUGGCUUUCAGAGCGGGCGGCCUCCGCCCCUUCUCGCCGUACGCCUUCGCCGUCGAGGCCUGCACGCUGGCGGGCUGUUCCCGCUCGCCGGAUUCCUUGCCGGUUCGCGCCCUCCCUGCCGGCCCUGACGAGGUGCCGCCGCCGCCGCUGCUGCGCUCCCGCACGCCGAGCUCCGUGCUGGUGACGUGGCGCCGCCCGCGGCGGCCCGGCGGCCGCGUCGCGCUGGAGCGCCGCCGCGCCGGCUCGCGGCUCGCCUCCGCUGUCGCCACGUGGCCGCCGCCGCCGUCGAACGACGAGGGAGACGCAGCUGGAAAAGAGAUGGAGUAUUUGGACGAGUCGCCCGACCUCGUUCCGUGGACCGCGUACGAGUACCGCGUGCUGGUCGGCACCGCCGGUGGCGUUGCGGCCGGCAGCGAGUGGAGCCGGGUGACAACGCGACACGCGCGCCCCGCCGGGCUGCGGCCGCCUCGCUUGGAGGUCUUGGGGCCCGACAAGAUUUACGUGCAGUGGGCGCCGCCUCUGCAGCCCAACGGGCGGCUGGCGCGCUACGAGCUGCUGGCGCAGGGCACGCGAGCGGCGGUCGGCGACUCCUCGGUGCUCGCCCACACGCUCACGGGCCUCGUCCCCUUCACCGACUACGCCGUCAGCCUCCUGGCCUGCUCCAGCGGGGGCGCAGACCUGCCCGAGAUGGCGGGGGGCCGCGCAGACAGGCUGGGAGACGCGGUGGGCACGCAUGCGGCAGAAGAGGCGCUGUGCACGGAGAGCGAUCGGUCCCACGUUCGUACCCCCCCGGCAGCCCCCGAGGGGGUCGUUCCGCCUGUGGCCACGCCCGCAAGCGAGUCCCUCGUCGUCCUGUCCUGGCAGCCGCCCGCCCGGCCCAAUGGACCCCGGCUACGAUACGAGCUUCUCCGCUGCAAAGUGGAGCAGCCCCUGUCAGCGUCUCCUCCGAGAGACAUAAACCUGUGGAUGAGCAUUUAUCUGGGAACAGAUCUUUCCUUCGAGGAUAAAGGACUCAGCAGGUUCACACGCUACGCCUACCGCCUGCUGGUGCACAACACGGCAGGCUCGGCAAGCAGCGCACCCGUGCUGACCGACACCCUGGCCGGCGUGCCCCUGUCCGGGAGCCAUCUGGAAGCAUACGCCCUCAACCACACGGCCCUGGAGGUCAACUGGACCCGCCCCGGACUCGUCGAGCUGCAGGGCGCCGUCACCGCCUACACCGUCUCGAUCAACAGCAGCUUCUCCGCGCGCUCCCUGCAGUUUCCGCCGGACGCAGAGCGCGCGGUGAUCACGGGGCUGAGCGCCGGCACGCUGUACCGCGUCUCGCUGUCCACGUCCAACGGGGCCCACGCUGCCACCAGCAACACACUCCACGUGGUCACGCCCGACGGAGUGCCGGAGGGGUUGGCGCCCCCGCAGGUGGAGGUGCUCAACGGCACGGCGGUGCGCGUGGCGUGGGCCGCCCCGCCCCGCCCCCACGGCCUUGUGACGUCAUACGCGCUGGUGCUGGAUGGGCACCGGCGCAGCACCGGCUUCCGGGAGCCCGGCUCCGCCAUCGUUGGCGACCUCCAACCCUUCACCGCUUACGCCAUACAGGUGGAGGUGUGCACGCGCAACGGAUGCUCGCUCAGCGACGCCGUGGCGGUGGCGACGGUGGAGGAGGAGCCGCAGGACGUGUUUGCACCGCGUCUCGGGGUCCUCGGCUCAAGCGCCGUGCGGGUGGAGUGGGACCUGCCCGGGCGUCCACGUGGACUCCUGCGGGCGAUCUCCGUGCAGCGCAGCACCAUCGUGCCGUGCGCUCACCGCGCGGAGGCCUCGUGUCUGCAGGGAGAGCGCACGGACAGGGAUAGAACGUGCGGCUCUGCCUGUUACUCCCCUCUCACACAGGUUUGUUGCGGUGGAGUGGUACACGAGGCCAGGCCCGACUACGCGUGUUGCGACGGCCGCCUUGUGCUGCUGGAGGGUGGACCCUCGGCCGUGUGCUGCGGGGGGCGGUUUCACCGGCCCCUGGUGGAGCACACGUGCUGUGAGGGCCACUACGUCCACGUGAGGCCAGGAGAGACGUGCUGCUGGGACCCCGAGUGGCGCGAGGUGGCGGUGGGCCCGGGGGACGCGUGCUGCGGAGCGCGGCCGUACGAGCUUCGGGGGCAGCAGCAGCAGCUGCAGCAGCAGCAGCUGCAGCAGCAGCAGCAGCUGCAGCAGUGCUGCGGGGACGCGCUGCUCGACGCGUCGCGUCCCUCGUGCUGCGGGCACCGUGCGCUGGGCGAGGGCGAGACGUGCUGCGGGGAGGGCGAAGCAGCCAGCGCCCAUCUCACCGUGCCAGGCAUGGUGUGCUGCGGCGGCGAGUACGUGGCGUCCUCGCUCACCGUGUGCUGCCCGGGCGACGACGACGACGACGAGGACGACGAGGAGGAUGAGGAGGAUGAUGAGGGGGGCACUGGCACGGCGCACGCAUUCUCCUCCCCGGAGGAGCGGGCGUCCGCCCUCGACGACGGCGCCCGCUGCUGCGGCUCGGAGCUGCUGGACGAGGCCGGGGAGCGGCGGUGCCCCCCUGGGGGGCAGGGGGGGCUGCUGCUGGGUGGCCGUGCCAACGCGGCGGUGGCAGCUGCUGCUGCUGCUGGGCCAGCGCGCUUGCAGGGCCACGCACCUGGCGAGGAGAAGACUCAGGCUGGGCUCCGUAGCAACCGCACGAACGCUGAUGAAUGCUUCUCUCCUGAGUUCGUGGUGUUUUCUGGCCCCGUCAACGUCACCUCCUUCACCGACGCUGCCUUGGCGCCGCACACAACAUACCGCUACCGUGUGGUGGCGUCCAACCGGCACGGCUACGGCAGCAGCGUCCCUCGCCUCGUCACCACUGAGCCCGCAGCCCCCCACAGCGUGAGCCCCCCCCGCUGGAGCCUCGUGCCCGCUCGCCAGGACGCCCUCAGGCUCUCCUGGCAGCCUCCUCGCCAGCCCAACGGCCCUGUCACGCACUACGUGGUGGAGCGGGAUGGGCUGGAGCGGCACCGUGGAUCGGAGCUCCACUUUCUGGACGAGCACGGCGUGAUGCCCUUCCGCGCGUACCGCUACCGCUUGGCCGCCUGCACUGUUGCCGGCUGCACCUUCAGCAGACCGGUGACCGCAGCUACCGCUCAAGGUCCCCCGGAGGACAUCGCCGCUCCGGUGGUCACGGCACGGGGCGCCCAGUGGCUCUCGCUCAGCUGGGCGGCCCCUGGCCGGCCAAACGGAGCCAUCCACCUCUACCGCAUGGUGCAGGCUGGCGCGGGGGUCAUCCACACCCACAUGCAGGGGCCCCUCCUCCUCAACGUUUCAGGGCUGGAGCCAUUCAGCAGCUACAGAUUUGCGCUGGAAGCUUGUACGGCCGGUGGCUGUAGCUCCAGCCCUCUAGCGGAUGCCACGACCCUGGAAUCAGCCCCCCAAGGCGUCUGGCUGCACCCGCGGAACUUUGUUGUGAGCAGCAGCGUCGUGGAGCUGAACUGGGCUCAGCCGGCGCAGCCCAACGGACGCAUCGUGCACUACCGGCUGCACCGCGACGGCCGCCCCGUCUACACGGGGGGCCCCGAGCUUCUCUCCUACACGGACCGCGGUCUCCACCCCAACAGCAGCUACGUGUACACGCUGGAGGCGGCCACCUCGACCGGCGUGGGCUCCAGCGAGGGUCACUGGGUGCGGACACCCCCCUGGACCCCCGAGGGGGUCCCCGCCCCCCACGACGUGCGCGUGCUGGGCCCCCGCUCCAUCCUCGCGUCGUGGCGCGCGCCCGCGGUGUUUAACCUCGCCGUCCCCGUGGAAUACAAUGUCACUGUGAAUCUGGGCUCGGCGAGGGAAAUGGCUUUCUCGGCGGCGCAGUCCCGGAGCCUGCUGCUGGAGGGCCUGGAGCCGCACCGACGGCAUGAGCUGCGUGUUCUGGCCUGCCAGUCAGGCGGCUGUGGGCUGAGCGCGCCGGCGUACGCCGUCACGGAAGAGGCCGCCCCGGAAGGGCAGGGCCCGCCCGGCGUCGCAGCCUUGGGGACGGCCGUGCUCGAGGUCACGUGGUCUCCACCCGAGCAUCCCAACGGCGACAUCACAACAUACGUCCUUUACAGACGCGAUGCCGGCGCGCGGAACGAGCUAGUGGUUUUCGUCUGGUCAGAGGGCCCGCUGGCGUUCACCGACGCCUCGCCAGAGCUGCGGCCAGGCUCCGCGUACGAGUACCGUGUGCGGGCGCGCAACCGGCAGGGCGAAACCGACGGGCUGUGGGCACGGGGCUGGACCAGGGAGGCCCCGCUGGGUGACCUCGAGCUACCCGGCGUAACGCCACAUGGUCCCUACUCCCUGCAUACCACGUGGCGGCCGCCGCACGCGCCGCGCGGAACCAUUCGGCAGUACCGGCUAGAGUAUGGCCCGCGGGGCUCAGAGCAGUUGGUGCCUUCCCCCGAAAUCAAGGCCCUCACCGUGCCGGGGGGGCAGCAGGAGGCGCUGGUGUUUGGGCUGGAGCCCCACACGCUCUACCAUCUGCGGGUGGUGGUGGUGGUGAGCGGUGCGGCGGAGAAGCCAAGUCCCUGGGCCUCCGCACGCACCAUGGAGGCUGCCCCGAGGGGUCUCGCCCCACCGGUGGCACAGUCCCUGCCCGGUGGGCGCAGCAUGCUGCUGCACUGGGACGCACCGGCACGACCCAACGGCAUCGUCCAGAACUACAGUGUUCUCAGCGACAGUGGCGUAGAGUUCAGCGGGCUGGCUCGUCGCUUCGUGCUGCGGCGGCUUGCGCCGUACAAGGAGUACUCGCUGGCGCUGGAGGCGUGCACGUCCGUGGGCUGCGCUCGCUCCGGCCCCGUGACCGCCCGCACGGGCGAGGCCGCUCCGGCCUCCCAGCCCGAGCCCGAUGCCCGGCCGCUCGGCCCCACGAGCGUGGAACUGCGCUGGACACCGCCCCGCCGGCCCCAUGGCCGCAUCCUCCGCUACCUCAUCAUCGGCGGCACCGCCACCGACCCGGCAAGUGGGCGGAGGGACGCCGUGCUGGAGGAGGUGGCUGAGGAGGCGGUUAUCAAUGCCUCGAUGAGCUCACGGGAAAAACGCUCCUACGUGCACCGCGGCUUGAAGCCGGGGACCGCGUACCGCUACAAGGUGCGCUCGUGGAACUCGGCGGGGUUCGCCGAGAGCGGGUGGGUCACCGUGCGCACGCCGCAAGCUGCUCCGGCGCAGCUGGCGCCCCCCUCGGUCCGCACCGUCCCUCACAGCGCCCGCAAGCUGUGCGUGAGCUGGACUCCUCCGUUGGAGCCGAACGGAGAGCUGCAUCACUACAAGCUGCUGAGAAACGGUUCCUUCCUCCCGUUCAUCUUUGACCGGUCCACGCUGAACUUCACAGACGUCGACCUUCUGGCACACACCGAUUACAGCUACGCGGUGGUGGCCUGCACCGCGGGAGGCUGCGUCACCAGCCCGGCAGUGAGCCAGCGCACGCCGGAGGCCGCGCCCAGCUUCGUGCGUCCCCCCGUGGCCACCCCUGUCAACGCCACCGCCAUCCGCGUCAGCUGGACGCCCCUCGCCCCCGGUCGCGGUCAGACCACACAGGCGAAGCUUUUCGUGGACGGUGAGGAGUGCCCCGAGGGGCUGAGUGGGAGCGUGACGGUCUCCGGCUUGCGCCCAUACUCGGAGCACGGCUUCUUUGUGUCCGUGUGCACGGGCGGUGGUUGCGCCAACAGCAGCGGCGUGAGAGCGCGGACGCUGGAGGCUCCUCCCGAGAGCUUGCGUGCCCCGCGCCUGGACGUGACCAAUUACCGUACGGUCGAAGUACGGUGGCAGAAGCCGGACGCUCCCAACGGACAAAUACUGAGCUACGAGGUGUGGCGCGACGGCGCUCUGGUUUACUCGGGCCUAAAGCUGCACUACCGAGACGCGCGGCUGUCCCCCGGCGCCCGGUACUCGUACUCCCUGGUGGCGCGCAACGCCCGCGGGAGGGUGAGCAGCGCACCGUCCGUCGCCCGCACCCCGGCCUCCGCGCCGGGCGGCCUGGCGCCGCCGCGGCUGGAGGCGCUGUCGUCGACUGGGAUGCGCGUGGCGUGGGACCCGCCGUUGCGCCCCAACGGGGACGUCGUCAACUACACGGUGCGCAUGCGGGACCUGGAGUCUGGCAACACGAGCACGCACGGCGCGGUGCCGGGGCGCGAGGCUUUCGCAGAGCGCACGCUGGUGGUGGGGGGACUCGCUCCUCAUCAAAGGUACGAGGCGUGCGUGGAAGCGUGCACGGCUGGGGGCUGCGCGUCGAGCGAGUGGGCACGGGGCAGCACCCUGGAGGCGCCGCCCACCCUGCAGCCCGGCCCCAGCGUGGAGCCGCAGGCCGACGGCGCGGGGGACUGGGCGGGCCUGCGCGUGUCCUGGGCCUCCCCGCUGCGGCCCAACGGCCCCGUCCUGCGCUACGAGCUAUACCGCCAGGGCCCCGUGGUAGGCCCUGCUGGCCCUCGCCGGGCCGCCGGGCCGCGCGUUGACCUCGUCUACAACGGGACUGCGCAGUCCUUCCGGGACGGGAGCGUGGAGACAAACGCGGAGUACGAGUACAAGGUGCGGGCAGUGAACGCGGCCGGGCACGUCGACGGGGUCUGGGUGCGGGGGCGCACGGGACCCGCUCCUCCCCUCGGGCUGCAGCCACCCUCCUUUUCCUCGGUGGCGGCCACCUCGGCCGUGGUGCUCGUCUCACCGCCCACGCAGCCCAACGGCAUCGUCACCGUUUACCGCGUCUUCGCCAACAGCUCCAGCGGCCUCCACAUGAUGCUAUCCGAGGGGGCCUCCGUGGAGCAGGAGAUCCACGGGUUGGAGCCGUUCAGCACGUACUCGGUGUACGUGCAGGCGUGCACGUGCCUCCGCUGCUGCGCUGAUGGACCCCCCGCGCGCCUGCAAACUCUGCCAGCGGCUCCCACCGGGCAACCCUCUCCUGCCCCCUCAGCUGUCGGGUCCCGCGCUGCCAGUCUGGCCUGGAGCGACCCCACACGGCCCAACGGGAUCAUGCACAGCUUCGAGCUACAGAAACGCAUGUCGUGUCCUCAGCCGCCCCAACCCCUGCCGGUGGAGUGCCGGCAAGGCUCGCUGGACGUGGUGUACACGGGCAAGCACAGGUCCCACAACGUCAGCGGCCUCCUGCCCUACUGCAGCUACGACUUCCGCAUCAUCUCGCACAACCAAGCCGGAAGCACCGCGUCAGCAUGGAGCACCCUCACCACACACAAGGAAGCCCCAGAGUUCGUGGCGCCAUUCGACGUGAGCAGCAACCUAACGGCGCUUUCGGUCGACUGGAGCGCCAGCUUCCACCUCAACGGGCCGCUGCGCGAGUUCGCUCUGAGCGAGGGCGGCACUCGCGUGUUUGCAGGGCUCAGCCUCUCCGCCAGCCUGCCACGCACAUCAGACAAAACAUUCCAGUUUCGCGUCACCUGCACAACAGAAAUGGGAUCUGUCAGUUCUCCCAUCAUCUCGUACAACACUGCCACUGGAAUAGGGGAGACAACGCAGGACUCUGGGGGGCGGGUCCCGGAUGGAGGCCCCCACUUCUACAGCGAGCUGUGGUUCGUGUCUCUGCUCUCGGCCGUGGGGAUGCUGCUCAUGGCCGUCGUGCUGGCGCUGCUGCUACGCCGCGCCAUGCGCAAGCCGCCCUAUACGCGCCAGCGGCCGCCGCUGCUGGCCUCCCGCCACGCGCAGGCCAGCAUGAUGCCGCUCUGCGUCUACCCGUCCUCCGACAACCUCCUGUUUGACCACCUGGCGGACUCCAUCGGCUCGGCAAGUAGUAUCACUUUGCGGAGUUUCACGUUCCAUAACGAGGGCCUGCCGGACACGCGCAUCUCAAGCCCUAGCUCGCACAAGCGCGGCAGGGCCGCGCGACGGCACAGCGUCUCGGUGAUUCACGUGCCCCCGCGCGGGACACCGCUGAGCCCACCCACUCCGCCACCGCCACCGGCUGCACCGCCGCUGUGUCGCGCGUGCUCCCACGACUCGCUGCACCACGGCGCCAGCCGGCUCGUCGAGACGGCCGAGGCGACGUCCCUGCUGGAGGAGCCGCUCUGGGACACGCUGAUGCGGCCCCGAGUCCGGGACAGCGGGAUGAUGAGCACCUUUGGGGAUGACGAGGAACUCCUGGAGUCCAUGAAGGCGUUCACCAUCUGCAAGGAGCACACGGUCUUCACCGACACUCACCUGUAACCCAAGACACGUGUAUCCGCGACGCAAGGAGUUUCACCGCAGCCGCUGCGUUAACGCCAACGUGACGGAGUGGUCCACGAGUGUUCGCUCAUUCAUGCGCUGCUGGCCUUUGUGUUCACGCAUUGCCGUGGCAUUUCAUCAAUACGCAUUUAAAUUUCAGCAACACAGGGAAAGGUUAAUACGUUUCGAUUAUCUCACUACCCCUUGGUAUUUUAAAUUAAUGGAAAGCAAGAUUUAGCGUGGAGUCUUUAUAGUAAAUUUCAGAAACCACUGUUAUUUAUUCGUGUACCUUGUCAACUUUGCCAACGUUUACCAGUGUCAAAAUGCCAACAAGAAAGUUUUUUUACUUUUAAAGAUAAAAUUGCCAACUUGCAGACACAAUCAGCACACAGCCAGUGGGCAUGCUCACGAGGACACGUGUUUGUCAACGAGUUAACGUUGCGAUGGUUUGUGUGCAGCAGUGAUUGAGCACCCACAAGUCGGCGGAGAUGCGUUAAUAGCUUUAGUAAGUUGUGUAAGGUUAUUCGAUUUGUUACGCGGAUGGUCCCGUUUCGCCAGUUUCCUGGCUAUUUUACAAGCGAGAUCCGUGGUGCGUGAGCCGAGCAGCAAUGACAAAACAAAGACAACAAGACAUCAAUAUUGCAGAGAACAAGUACAGGUUUCUUAAGGUGUAUUGCUCAACUCAGGCAAGACGUGGUUUAUAUUUCUGUAGUGGGAUACCGAACGUGUAAUGGAAUGGGCAGCGGUAAAAAUCCUGAAUGCUUUCUGAAUGGGUUUUUUUUUUGCUUAUCGAUGCAGAGAGGUUGCUUUCUGUUACUGGUAGGAACCACCUGGUUCCACCAACCCACAGCGGAUUAUUGUGUCCGUCCGUCGUGCAUCAAAA